GUUCUCAGCUUAGGACAUCAUCAAUCAUGUGUAUCUCAGAUGACGCAGACAAUGACCAGCCUGCGGAAGAUCUAUGCUAGUGGGCGAGAUUGAGAUGAUGAAAUUUCCUCUGUUGGUGAGUCAGUAUUAUAUUUUUUUUGUCAACAACAUUCAUUGCCUUACAUGCAUUUGUGCCUUACAUUUCUGUCACCAACCAGCUUAAACAAAAGUAGAAGAAAUUAUAUACCUACAUUCUUUUGCUGUGUUUGACACCAGCCGGUGUCCCAAAAUCAGGAUACAUCAGUGAGCUAUAAGUAAAACUAAAAUAGUUACUGAUGAUGUUUAAGGUGUUCCUGAAAAAGGACGUUGUUCACCGCACUUUCAAGCCUCUUCUGUUACGAGUGUUAGGAGCCACUUUUCAUGGCCGAAAAUUUGGUCAGAGCCACCAAAACCAUUUUUACCAGCCCUGCAAACUGUUUGGGACACAGUACACGCAUGUUAAUGUAUCACGACUAUAGCAAGGGACGCAAAAGUUAUCUACCUUCUUUGAUAUUUACAAUGUCUUGACACCAAAAUAUUUUUUGAAAGCAGCAAAUAAAAAACAUGCAAUCACCAGCCAGCCGUUGCCCAACUGAGCUUCGCAAAUUUUUGUGCAGUUAACAAGGCAGGCUUCCGCUUUACGGUAAGAACAUAAAUUUCCAGGUUCGAUUCUUUGUUUCGCCGCUAGAGGGGGUGGGGCGUCUUUCCCACCCUGGGCAUCUUACCCCACUCUCCCCUACGUUAAAAUUCAUGACGCUAUGGGACAUGACAUCGAAGCCGUCGGGCUGCGGCUCUCAGACAGAUCGAUCUUCUCUGUCGCGCCUGUGACGCUGUCGCGUCCACCGACGCCCAUCGAGCGCCUCUCUGCUCCCACCCAGUCGCACUGCAGCGGCUGCCCUGUCCGCGGCAUGGCGGUGGAACGGAUGGGAGGCCGCGGCGGCGCCCGGCCCCUCCCAUUGUUCUGCCCCGGCCGGCCGCUCUGUUUGCCCGUGUGUUUGCCGGUGGGCGGCUGCCCCGCGCCCGGCCCGCCCGAUCUCCAGCCACGCGGCGCACCGGCCCGCCCGGUAGGUUGUUCACCGGAGCAUCUGCCCGCCGGUGACGUCAUCACCGGUCCUGUGACGUCAUACACCUGUCUGGCCCGCGGCGCGGGCGUAUUUUGAAUUCACCAUAGGGCUCAGCCAUUCCUAGAGGAAUUCUAGGCACCUUGGAAAAAAGCGAAAUCGCGCUAGAGAUUUCAGCCGAUCUGGCAGCUCUUCCGAUGCCACUGGCGCGCCUUUUAAUCCAAAGCGCCUUUUUCGUGUCUCAUGUUUGCUCGUUUAUUGCGGAGGCCUAUAUAUGCUUCAAGAUGCUGGAAAAGGUUGGUGAUUAAUAAGUAUUUCCAUUUUAGGUGCAUGUUCUUUGCAAGAAAUACAGUUGUUGUUGCUGUUGUUGUGGGUUAGGGCGCAAGAAAUACAGGUAUAUGUCAAGUUUAGGUCCUAACUAUAACUGUGACGCUGUUGAUACAAAUCUAUAACAGCAAAAAAAUUAUGUUUUAGGUUACGUUAGGUUGUAAGUUUUAGGUUGCAUUGUAGGUUUGUAGGUAGUAGAUUGGUAGGUUAUAGGUGAAAAGGUAAGGUUAGUUCAGGUUUGAUUAUGUUUUUCUUUUAGUUACGAGACAUAUAAGUAUCAUUUUUGGAUUCAGGAUGUCAAAUAAUGGUCAGAAACACUAAAUUCAAAAUCAACUAAUUUUGAAGCGGGGACCUCCAUGUGUACCGGCCAAAUAAUGUAAGAAUAUGAAAAAAUUAUCCAUGAAAUCUGCUUAGGACUUAAACUUGACAUUUACCCACAUGGCUAUAGGUAUCACCAGCAGAAUUAUAAUCUUUACAUAAUUUUUAAAAAAUGCUGUAAGUGAAGAUUAUGAGUCGUGUAACCCUUGUUACUAUAUUGAUAUUAAAUAUUGAAUAGGUACAAGUCCGCCACCAACUUUAUGGAACAUUCCUUCUUCCAACAGGAUCACUUCCAAGUAAUCUGGAAGGCUGAUGCCAAGUACAUCUUGUGCGAGAAGCUUGAUAUGAUUCCAGACCUGGAACCGGAGUUGAUGGAGGGCACCACUGUGGCCUACCGAUGUCCGGCGUCAAAGGAAUCGGCCCUGCAGUGGAUUCAGCUGUACCAAGAGGCCGCCAACAUCACCCUGACGACGUACGACUCCAUGUCGAAUGGCCAAAGGGUGGUGUACUGGGCCAGGCUUCGUUGUCACCACGACGUCCCAGAAAAGCCGAGUCGUCCGAGGAAAAACCAAUCCGCCAAGGACACCGGGUGCCCCCUGCGCCUGAAAGUGACUGUCGCCAACAUUCCAAAACGGAAUAGGUCUACAGACCCAUGCGCGGCUUACGAGCUACGGGUGACAUGUAACAAGAAGCCCCACAACCACGCCGUGGACAACGCUGCCGCUCUGAGACAUCGACGCGUCUCUGAGCUGACGAAGGCCCGGCUGAUGGAGCUGUUCCAGCACCACCACUCGCCCUCCACGGCGCUGGAGACCCUGAAACUACAGCUUCAGGAGGAGCAUGGGAGCGCCUACCCGUCGGUGGCCGCAGACCGAGCCAUUGUCCCAGAUAGGAUGGCCGUCUACUACCUGUACUACAAGCACUGUCGGGAGCGUUACCCAGCCUCGACCCAGGAGGAGACCAUGGACCUCAUCCGCCACAUGAAGGACGUCCGCACGGCGGUCUCAGUCGAGGACGGCGAGACGGUGAUCGCGGCGGUGACGCCGCUGAUGGAGCGCGUCCACACGCUCCCCGACGCGGGAGAGGUGGUCUUCGUCGACGCCUCAGGAGGGAUGGACCGGCACGGCCAGCGCGUCUUCCUGCUGAUGUGCUGGAGCCCGGCCGGUGGUCUGCCUCUCGGUGUCAUCGUCUCCACCUCGGAGACCGAGGCCGUGGUGGACAAAGCCUUCCGGCUGCUCGUCGGGAUUUUACCAGACGGCGCCUUUGGCGGGCGUGGAAGGCGCGGCCCUCUGUGCUUCAUGACGGACGACUGUCAGGCCGAGCGGAACGCGCUGUCGGCGGUGUGGCCUGAGGCGCGGCUCCUGCUGUGCACGUUUCACGUCCUGCAGGCCGUCUGGCGAUGGCUUCACAACGGCAAACAUGGCAUCGACAAGCAACACAGGCAGGCUAUCAUGGCACUAGCCAAACAGCUCGUGUACGCCAACAAUGAGGCGGAGAUAGCGACGACGAUGGAGCUGGUGGCUACCGAGUGGGGCGAGCGCUACCCACUGCUGGACCAGUACCUGCAGGGUUUCGCUGCCCGCCGUCAAGAGUGGGCGCUGUGUCUCCGCACGGAUGUCCCCACCCGGGGACACAACACGAACAACAUCGUGGAGUCCGCCUUCAGAGUCCUCAAAGACUCUGUCCUCUACAGGACUCGGGCGUUCAACCUGCUGCAGCUGUUUGAUUCCGUCACGGUCCAGCUCAGCAAGCACUACGCCAGGAGGGCGUGCGACGUGACCAACGGCCGGCAGCGGGCGGCACUGCGCCGGUCCGCGGCGGCACCAGCCAAGAAACGGGCACUGUGACGCAGGUGACGGAGUUCACCUAUCAGGUGAAGUCGCUGACGUCGGUCGGCAUCACCUACCUGGUGGACCUGAACGUCGGCGCCUGCACCUGCAGGAUGAACCGGCGGACUGGCGGCUGCAAACACCUCCGAGCCGUGCGGCAGCAGACUGGCGCUGUGCCGGAGGCGACGGCGACAAAGGAGACGCGGAGGGCCUUGAUGGACAUCGCCAUGGGGACCAGCCAGCAGCUGCCAGGCAACUGGUUCGACCCUCUGGUCGCCGAGCCGUCCACCUCGUCACCUCCUGGCCCCACGCCCGCCAGCGCCCCGGGAGUCGCGCAGCCCCAGCCGUCGCCGAGUCCCGAGGAGUACGACGACGACGCAAUGGACUUCGAGGACCCCGCCGCUGCGGCGGCGGCUGUCAGUGGAGCUGAGCAGCGACGCUCAGAUGACCGGACGCGCCAAACCGUGGCGUUCAUCCAGGAGUGGGCAGCCUUCAUGUGCGAGGCAGUCGUCCAGGACGACACCUGGGAGAGGGCUGCCGCUGCCUUCCAGCAGAGGUGGGGCCAGCUGCCCACUGCUGGCCGCCAGUCCGCUCUGCACCAGUUUGGAGGUGCGCAGGGCUGCCGGCGGAACGCCACCCAGAUUCCGGUCCAGCCGACCAGCACUGCCCGUCGCACCAGCACCAACGUGCGGGGUCGCGCUCGCUGGCCCGCUGGACGGCCGUGCCGCUCCGCGCGCACCGGGGAGCACGGCUACGUGGCAGCCUCCGCCAGGCGGUCGGCGGCGCCCCACAGCCUGGCCACCUGUGUUGACCAGAACCGCCCCCUGGGGCGCUGAGUGGUAGAGGUGAAGUGGGGGAGACCGGGGUAAGUUGGUGCCAGGGGGGGGGGGGGGGUAAGUUGGGACGGAAGGGAUAUUUCCAAUACUUCUCGACAGUUGGCGUUCAAACUUAUUUUGUACAUGCACAGUAACGCCGUCUGUUUGUCAACGUGGUGUCGGCGCGUGCUGAGGUAAGUGCUGUUAAUAAUCGCUACAAAUGUGUUUCAGGUACCAAAAGUGAUUUUCUUGCUGUGAAAAUAUUCUCUUCUAGUGUCGUUGUGUGUGCCUUUUUGUUUGCCGCAGGAGUACUGCAAACGUUUGUGUUUUGUCGUUAAUGCCCGCAUGGAUUAGCGAUGAUUGUUCAUGUGAAACAUGAAUAAAAAUGUGUUUAGA